AGAUAGUGUAUGAAAACAUAAUUGAAGCAACAGAGGAAUUCAACUCCAAAUAUUGCAUCGGAGAGGGAGGAACAGGGAGUGUUUACAAAGCAGAGUUAAGCACUGGUCAAGUUGUUGCUGUGAAGAAGCUUCAUGCUAACGCAGAUGGUGAUGAUCACGAGAUGUCUUAAUAUCGCAAAGCUUUUACAAGUGAGAUUCAAACAUUAACACAAAUAUGACAUCUUAACAUAAUUAAGUUAUAUGGGUUCUGUUCACAUCCAAGACACUCUCUUUUGGUUUAUGAGUUCAUAGAAGGUGGAAGCUUGCGAAAUGUAUUGAAAAAUGAAGAAGAAGCAACAGCAUUUGGCUGGAGCAAAAGGAUAAUCGUUGUAAAAGGUGUGGCAGAUGCAUUAUCUUAUAUGCACCAUGACUGUUCGCCAUCAAUAAUCCAUCGAGACAUAUCAACCCAAAAUAUUCUGCUAAAUGCAGAACGUGAUCAAACUUAUGUUUCUGAUUUUAGGAUCGCCAGAAUUCUCAAUCCGGACUCAUCCAACUGGACUUCGUUUGCUGGAACUUUUAGAUAUGGUGCUCCAGAACUUGCUUAUAGGAGGGAAGUGAAUGAGAAAUGCGAUGUGUAUAGCUUUGGAGCUGUGACGUUGGAAGUACUUGGGGGUAGGCAUCUAGGAGAUCUCAUUUCAUCUCUUUCCUCUUCGUUAUCCUCAUCAUCAUCUAAAACACCAGCUUACCAUCAAGUAGCAGUAAUGGAUUUUUUGGACAAGCAAUUAUCCCCUCCAUCGGAUCAAGAGGCUAGGAAAGUGCUCUAUCUUGCUAAGGUUGCAUUUACAUGCUUGAAUGGCACUCCAUAGUCUCGUCCAACAAUGAAACAUAUUGCUCAGAAGCUUUCA